UCUCUUCUGGGGUUUGCUCUCCGGAGGCUUUCGAGUCUCGCUGAGCCUGAGGAUUUAAGGAGAUGCGAGCGUUGAGAGAGGCCGGAACGAUUCCUUCGCGGAACCUUUGAGGCGAGGCCUCUGGGGGCGCCUUGGGGGACGUACCUUGGAGGGCCCUGCCAGGCGAGCAGGGAUGGCGGCGGAGACGGCCGGCGCGGACCCGAAUGUCGCCAUCCCCUUGGACCUGCGGCGGGAGCGAAACUUGGUGUGCGUGGAGUACCCGGGCGGGGUGCGCGACGUGGCCAAGAUGCUGCAGACGCUGGGCGGCGAGGAAGGCAUCUCCCGAAUCUACACAGACCCCACCAAGAGGCUGGAGCUGUAUUUCCGGCCCAAGGAUCUGUACUGCCACCCUGUGUGUGCCAACCGCUUCAGUACCAGCAGCUUGCUGCUGCGGAUCAGAAGAAAGACUCGGCGGCAGAGAGUGGUGCCAGAGGCCGAGCCCCGCCCCCAGGUCACCUUCGACCUGGAGAUCCUGGGCGUCGUCUCCACCAUUUUUAAAUUCCAGGGAAUGUCUGACUUCCAGUACCUGGCCAUCCACACGGAAGCAGGCGGCAAGCACAUGUCCAUGUAUGACAAAGUGUUCAUGCUCAAGCCCGAGAAGGAGAGUUUCUUCCACCAGGAGCUGCCGCUCUACAUCCCCCCGCCCAUCUUCUCCCGCCUGGACGCCCCGGUGGACUACUACUACCGACCAGAGACGCAGCACCGGGAAGGCUACAGCAACCCCCCCAUCUCAGGUGAGAAUCUGAUUGGCCUGAGUAGGGCCCGGCGCCCCCACAAUGCCAUCUUUGUCAACUUCGAGGACCCCGAGGUGCCCAUGCAGCCCUUGGAGGCUGCGGUCCAGACUUGGAAGAAGACCUGCACCAACCCCAUUGACCAGGAGGUGGAGGAGGAGCUCAGGAAGCUGUUUGAACUCCGCCCCAUCUGGUCACGCAAUGCCGUGAAGGCCAACAUCAGUGUCCACCCCGACAAGCUGAAGGUCUUGCUUCCCUUCAUGGCCUAUUACAUGAUCACAGGCCCCUGGAGAAGCCUGUGGGUUCGGUUUGGCUACGACCCGCGCAGACACCCAGAGGCCAAGAAUUACCAAGUCCUUGAUUUCCGCAUCCGUUGUGGAAUUAAAUAUGGUUAUGGCUCCAGUGACAUGCCUGUCAAAGCCAAGCGCAGCACCUACAACUACAGCCUCCCCAUCACUGUCAAGAAGCCGCCCACCCAGUUCAUCAGCAUGCAGGACCUGAAGCAGGGCCUGGGCCCGUCAGGCACGGCCAGCCCCCGGAAACUGGCCUCCAACAAGUACAAGCUCAAGGACUCAGUCUACAUCUUCCGGGAGGGGGCCCUGCCGCCCUAUCGACAGAUGUUCUACCAGCUGUGUGAUUUGAACGUGGAAGAGUUGCAGAAGAUCAUUCACCGCAAUGACGGGACGGAGAGUUUGUGCACGGAACGGGACGGGUGGUGCCUCCCCAAGACCAACGACGAGCUGAGGGACACCAUGUCGCUCAUGAUCCGGCAGACCAUCCGCUCCAGGAGGCCAGCUCUCUUCUCCAGCCCGACCAAGGCUGACCGCGCUGCAAAAGGGCAGCUUAUGUUUGAGUCCGGGGAGGAGGAGGAAGAGGAAGAGGAGGAAGAGGAGGAGGAAGAAGACUUCAAGCCCUCGGAUGGGAGUGAGAAUGAGAUGGAGACAGAGAUUCUGGACUACGUGUGACCAGGCCCUGGGUCCUCGGGAUGAGCAGGCGAGAUGUGUCCAACCUCGUGGGGAGCCAGGGAAAUCCAUGCCCCACUGCCAGCCACUGAUGACGGUGGCCUUGGAAGCCCUCUGAGCAAAGCCAGAAUCCUGGCAGAACAGGCCCUGGGCCUGGCUGUGACCCGCUGCUCAGUAUGCCCUGUCCCCUGGGUGGUGGGGACAUCCCUGGUUCCUUGCGUCCAUACCCAGCCCGGGCUCAGGACCUCUCGGGCUGAGCCUGCUGAGAGCAGAGGUACAGAUGGAACAGCUCGGGGCACAGCCAUCUCGGCUGGGUCUUAUGACGCUUGCUGGUGGCAGAGAUGGCAUGAGGAGCCUGGACCAUGGUCACCAGCGGCCAAAGCCUAUGCCUGGUUUUGGAUGCCAUCUGUCUGGGGUCCCUACAGAGCCCAGGCCCAGCCGGAAUUGUCCUAUUAAGUCAGUCUUUCAAGGAGUCUUGGUGUUGGGGCUGCAGGGGAGUUUCCUCUUGCUUUGGGGUUCCCAAAGCAGCUCCGUUGCUCCUUCCCUUGUUUGGGGACAAGGCCUGUGCGCUCCUCCACAGGGUGUGACAAGGACACUGGGAGUGACCUGGGCUGCACUCAUCCCUGACUUCCCCGAGUGGACACCUUCAGGGCUCCCGGGAAGCAGGCCCUGUUGUCUCAUCGCUUCCUGAGUGGAAGCGGAGACUCACGUGCCUGCCAAGCCUGGCUGCUGGGCAUGCACUUCUGUGUGGGAUGCUCCCGUGCUCCCCAUGGGGCAGCAGGGCCACUUCCUGCAGGGCACUGAGCCCAGAUGGGCCGUUAGCCUGUUUCUGUGGGUGACCCUGAGUCCUCCCAGAAGUGUGGUAUACAAAACAGUCACUCAUCCCAAAGCCAAAGGCCUCAGGCCAGCUCCCUCCUACAGGCCAGAUUCCUGGGAAACCCCUUCCCAUGGCAAAAUCUUAAGUCUGUCUUAACUUUUGGAUCAGGAAUCAAGCACGGCUCUCCUCUGCCUUCUGCUUUCUACCAGGAGGUGAGGUGGCACCAGGCCCCAACCCAAAGCUGAGCGCAGCUGGCACCAGGCUUUUGGUCUCCAAAAGUGUGAGCAAAAUAAACCUUUUUCUCGGUGAAGUA